GUUAUAAUCCUUUGUAUCGACUGAUAGGGUAUCCAGUACAUCGCAUCGCAUUCGCUUGAGCGCGUCAUUGCGCGCGCGUCGUCGUGAAAACUAAAAAUAAUCGUCUAAGAAUACUAUAGUGCCACAAUGUACAAACAGUUCCCGUUUUCGAUGGAGAAUAUCCCGAGGCAAACUGGCUUCGGCUGUUUUUCGCUGAAGAUUGGGAGCAUCUUCUCGGCGCUGCUAGUUAUACUAUACUCAAUCCUUGCCCUAGCCCAAUGCCUGGCCAUACUCAGCGGGUGGCCUCACGACCCAAACGUCGACCCAAACAACGCGUCCGUAGCCUAUGGCUCAUGGGCCUAUGGCUUAGUGGUGAUCGUUAGCAUCGUGCAUUCUGUGACGCUGUUCCUGUCUACUGUCAUGCUAAUUGGCGCUUUGAAGGAAGACCCCCGGCUCAUGCGGCCCUGGGUGAUCUGGACGUCCAUCCAGGUGAUGUGCUACAUGCUGUUGUUCGUCUUCUUCCUGGUGAACAACUUCUCUGACACCAGCUUCACGGUCUACGUCAUUGAGCUACUUAGCUUGCUGGUCCACUGCUACAUGCUGAUCCUUGUCGCGAGCUACUAUAAACAGCUGGAGGAAGAGCGAGAUGAAAGACUUAAGAGCCUCAUCAACAAAGACAUCUGGCACGAAUACGCGUAACUGGUUAAGAGUCACACGAACCAGCAGGGCUAGCACAUGAUUGGCACGAAAUGAGGAGGCACACUCAAAUAUUAUGACAGAUGGCGCCACCUUAUUAGUCUAUUGCACAGAUAAAGAAUUUCAUACGUGAGAGUGAGAACGAGAAGAAG